UGACUGUACAUAUAUUUAUAAGGCGAUUCCAUUCAGGAAAGUCCAUACAUAGUAUUGGCCUUAAUAACAUAUAUCAAACAUUCUCUCCAUCCACUUCUGCGCAUAGUGAACGGAGCUGUUAUUAUAUACACUAUGCUACGACGAAUGGUUACACCCUUGAGGUGCUCGGGAAACGGCAUCAAAACAUGCGCUUAUCGCCUGAAUUCGACCUCAUCAGAAGUAACAGAGGUCGAGCCACUGCCGACAAUCGUGAAGAUGAAGAGUGGUGGAUUUGCGAUACACCAUCCGGUCCGGAAGUACGUGAUCAAUUCCGACGCCUCUAAGCCGAAACCUAAUCUAGCAAAGCCAUCUCCGGAAGCAUCGAGGAGUAUCUGAGCAGCAUCUGAGCGUAAAUCCGUGUAAAGCAUAAUAAAGUAUUGUAUCUCUGGCACUUGCGCACGGAACCCCAAGAACCUUAGUUCAUCAUGCCCUCGGUCCCUAGUAGAAACCGGCCACUAUACGCAACAAAGGGAGUAUUUACAACAAAUUGAAACGCUUUCGUAGGGAGAUGGUUUCCGUUAUGUGGCACUCCUCCUUGCCUCCGACCCGUGCCACUUUUAAUUAUAUAAAAC